AUGGAUUCAAAUGCAAUGCUCAAUCUCAAUCGAAUGACAUAUUUGAUGUCAGUUUCAGAAAUAACACCACAAUUGUUUGUAUCAGGUCAAAUGGCAGCUACUGUUGAACAAAUACAAAAAUUAGGAAUCACAUAUAUAUUGAAUGUUGCUGUUGAAUCAGCUCCUAUUGUUUAUCCUAAGCCUAUCAAAUUGGAAAAAUUUGAUAUUAUUGAUUUUCCAACAGCUCCUAUAAGCAACUUUUUUAAUCCAUUAACUGAUAAAAUUCAUUCUCAUAUUAAUGUCAGUAAACAAAAUAAAGUUCUUGUUCAUUGCAUGGCUGGUAUCAGUCGAAGUGUAACAAUUCUUUGUGCGUAUUUGGUUCGCUAUAUGAAUAUGUCUUUGCGCGAUGCAUAUUUAUUAUGCAAAAGACAUCGGCCGAUUUGCUUUCCAAAUUUAGGUUUUUGGAAUCAACUUAUUGCAUACGAAUAUCAAUUAAGAAAAGAGAAUAGUGUUAAAAUGAUUUCAACGCAAUUUGGACAUAUUCCUGAUGUUGCAUUUGAAGAAGUCAAACAAAUACGUAAUCAACAGCAGCAACAACAACAACAAGCACCGCCAUCAUUACCAUUUUUUGCUCCAUCAUUCGCUUCUACACUUACUAAUCCUAGUAUAAGUAGUCCGACAACAAAUGAUACAUUAUUCUUAUCAUCGAAUCAAACUCGACCAACAGCUCGCGAUUUACCUGUAACGAAUACAACGAGUACAACACGUUCUCGUUCUUUGAUUCCCAAUCAAACAAACCGACCGUCUGUUGUUGCCGUUCCAACGAAUUCCAGCAACUCAACUUAUCAACCGUCAGUAUUUUCAGCGAAUAAACAAACAUUUUCAACACCAACACGAUAUGGUGUAACACGGUUAAAUCAAGCGAUAGCAACAACAAAUGGUUCUGUUCCACCAGGACCAAGUGCAUUACAAAAUUCCUAUGCUAAUGCUCGUAGUGUACAAGCCAAUGGACCUUCAUCGAAUGUGAAACGUACAAAUAAUGGUCAACAACAAGCACCUCUUAAUGCUAGUUAUUCGAAUCCACCACCACAAGCAAAUAAUGAACAACGUUCACAUUAUGAAACAACAUAUCGAGCUAGUUUUAUUAAACCAUUAGUUCCAUAA